AGCCCCACCCCCGCCACGUGACGGCGGGCCAAUCCUCGGCCCCCUGGAGGCCGGUCGGUGACCGGAGAGACGAGCCUGAGGACCCGCGCCGGGAGCCAGGCCCACCCACCGGCGCGCCGGCCCCGGGCGUGUCGCUGCUGAGGCCGAUACCGCUCCCAGCUCAGCCCCUCCUCCGGCCCCGUCCUGUGGCGGUCAAAGAGGUUGGACAGUCCUGGAGGCACCGCCCGGGGGCAGCUGGUGAAGGACACCCACCAUGUCACCGGAGCUUCUGGACCAGCGUGGGAUGGGCUCCCGGCUGUAGUCCCGUCUUCCCAGCUCUCAACUUCUCCCCCGGGCACCUGCCCCCCCACCCCCACCCCUCAGCUUCUGCUGGGCCCGGAGGAGUCCAGAUGCCUGGAAAGGCAGCAUGAGGGCCACCGGAGAGUGUCCUGGGGACGGGCUCAUCCAUCCCUGGAGGGCCUCACCCACGCCUUCUGCCCCAACUGGAACCCCCCGAUGUGCCCAGAAGCUGUGUUGAUUGUGGUUCCCAGGAAAGUCUUGGACCUUGGAUUCUGGUCCUAUCUCUGGGACUAAGAGGCCCCAAGGCCCAGAGGAACUGUCCCCUCCUUUCUCUGGCAGCCUGAAGACCCUCCCCCAGCGCCUUUUGCAAGGUGACCUACUUCUACUCCCUGCCCCCAACAGGACCCAGCAGGAGAUGGGCUCAAGAACCCCCACCCACCCUCCCCCAAGCCCAUGGCCUAGCUUCCCCAAGUUGCCUUGGACGAAGGGACCACAGCCUGAGGGGGCAGGUCCUCUGGUUCAGGCCUCCCGUCUCCCGAUUCUGCCCUAGGCCCCCACUGACCCUCAAGAAACGGGAGGAACUCGUCCUCCCCCAGAGGCUGGCUGAGUUGGGCAGGGGCAACUGGGCCCUUUCCUUCCAGCUGUGUUGUGCACACGCACACGUGCCUGUGGAUUUGCUGUGUGCUGAUGUGUGUGCGUGGUGUUGAUACGUGGGUGUACUUGUGUGGGUUUGAGUUAUUCUCUGGGAGCUGGUCAGCCCCUAGCUGGGCUCUGGGGGGCCCUCCGAGGAAUAACCUAGCCUCUGCCUGGACCCUCAUUAAUGGUUUGCCCUAUUUCUGUUCUGGAAAGACCCAGUGUGACCAAAUGGCACGUUCCCAGCCUCACUGCCCCAGGUUAUCUCCUAAGCAGGGCCAGGCCAGGUUCCCAGCACACAGCACAAGGAUGUUAGAAUGGGUGAGCGGGGGCCCCAGAACAUGGGGAGGGGGGUCUACUCACCAGCUUGGGCAGAAGCCCCUCCUGCUGACCUCUGGGGCCCAUGUCCGUGCUCUGUCCCUGGUGCCUGGCCACCCCUCGGACAGCCUCCUGCCUUUAUCUGCCUGCCCUUGGCCUGGCCCCCACCCAGUGACUUCCUGUCCACACCCCCGCAAGCUUUUCCAUGACAUGGUCUUUUGGGGGGGGAGUGGGACACCAAGGAGAUCAGGAAGGCAGGAAAGCAGCAAGAGCCAGCCCUGGAAGAAAGAGGGGGAGGAAGGCUGGGGGUGCCCGGCAGCCCACCCCCAGCAGCCCAAGCAUCUGCGUCCCACACACCCACACCCAGGCCGGCCUGCCACAGACCCACCGUCUGGAGGGGAGCGAGAGAAGCCCACACACCCUCGAGCCCGGUGGCAACGAAGGCAGGGCCGGAGGUGGGUUUCUGGUUCCACACAGCACGGCCGGCCGCUGAGGCCCCGCCAUCUCUGCUGCAACUUGGGGCUCUUGUCAGUGGCUGGGAUCCACUCGUCACUCCCUCCUACCGCCGCCCACACGCUGAUUUCCGCCCCGCUCCCCGAUACUACAAACACAUGGUGGGGGUGGGAGGCGGCUGCGGAGGCUGUCUCUGGAGACCCAGAGCCCCAAGUCCCCGUGGCCACCCAGGGCCCCGUCUAGCAGAGCCAGGAGCUGUGCCCUCCUAAAUCCGGCACUGAGCCCGGAUCGCUGGGAAAGCCCAGCGCGAGACCGGGGGUGCCUGUUGUGCUGUGGAGAAGGCCAGGCCCCUGGACUCUUCCUCUCCGUGGUGGCUCCGCACCUCGGUCCCAGGCAGGGCAGCACUCAGGUGCCCCUCACCCAUCAGUCACGGCUUCAUUUCCCUGAACUUUAUUUUAUAAAACGUACACAGUGAGUUA